AUGGUCCCCCCUGUUUCCUCUCCACAACCCGUGGUGCAGCAGAUCAUUCACCAUCGGGCGCCAGUGCCGCAGAAGACGGUGGUAGUCUCCGACGUUUUGCCCGGACUGCUGGCAGAAGGGCUAAGAGAAGUUGAGGUGCGUGGUGAUGGAAAUUGCCAAUUUCGAGCGUUGGCACACCAAAUCUAUGGCACUGAACAUCAUCACCCCUCCGUGCGUAGCGCGGUGGUUCAACAAUUGAGAGCUGGACAUCAUCGGUACAACGUGGGAGCUGUCCAGGACUACUUUGCGUGGGUGGACAGCAUGGCUCUGGAGCGCAGUUGGGGGGAUGGCGUGACACUGCAGGCAGCGGCCGACAAGUUCGAGGUGGCCAUUUGGGUCUUCCAGGAUGGCUUGCCACCAGGGCAGAACUACUUGAGAAUCGAUCCACAUGGGAGGACCACGGCCAUCUUGAAAGUGGUCUUUCAACCGAGUCGAAACUAUUACAACGCGGCCAGCGCCACUGGAAGGUAA